ACGUCGUCGGCAAAAUUAAAAAAACGUAAAAACAACAACAAUACAGACGCUCAUCGCAGUAUCACAUAUUAUUAUUCACACGCCCGCUAAAACAGUAAAACGUCUACGGUAAGUUAUAUAAUCGAUAAGUAAUAAUACCUGCUACGUCGUUUCGCAAAUUUUUCUUAAAAGACAACGGGAAGCAUCGUGACAUGGACUUCAGCGGGAAAAAUGACCAAUCAACGACAAACAAAGAUGAGGCAAAGCAUGGGUAUGAUGCUCACAAACAUCACGAUACAAUGGAUGAAAUUGUACUAGACCAAGAACUACCUGGUAAUGUGAAGGACAAUCAUAAUGGAGUUGAUUUGGUUGAUAAUCAAGUGAAAGAAGCUCCACAUUCUGAGAGCUCGGACACAUAUCAAAUCGAUGAGUAUGAUGACUGCAUGGAUGAAGAUAUUAAUAUCAUUACAGCUCCACUUGAUAUUUAACAACCUACCCAUAGGUAUUAAGUUAUGAAUGAAUCACGAUUCACAUUGCUACUGCAUUAUUGCAAAAUAUUUAAUUUCACAAUUUCAUACUUCAGCUAUAUUUUUUUAUUGGUAUACCGUAUUAGACAUAAUAACCAUAAA